GUUGAUGGCACAGGGUUGGUUUUUUGGUUUGGUGAAAUGAAAAAUCUUGUUCGCAUUGUUUGUUUUUUUUGAAUAAAACAAAAUCAAAAACAUUUGCUUACCAAAUUCAUAUCAGUGCUAUCACAGAAGUGCUAUGAAUAAUAAUAAUUAUGAUCAAUUCUUAAACUUAUCGAUAAUGUAUUUUAUUUGUUUGAUUCCCUUUGUGAUCAUAGCACAUGAUAGAUUUCGAAAAUAACAUUUUUGCUACGUGUAAUAUUGGCAAAAAUUUCUAUUUGUCGAGUAACAGAUUAUGCAACGUUGGUUCUUUUUAACAGAUAGUAAAAAGCAAAAAAUUAAAGUUCCAAAAAAUAUGUCUCUAAAAAUUCAAUCUGAACUACCGGAAAUCUUGUCCCAGAACUGGGAAUUCAGUGUAUUCGUGCCGAACAUUGGAGCCAAGGAAAAGGUAGUCAUAACAGGAAGCACCACCGAGCUCGGCGAAUGGAAUUACAGGAAAUGUGUUGUGCUCGAUUAUAUAGAAGAAAAGGACUUAUGGAUGAAAACUGUAGUCAUUCCAAAUACCUGUGAUGUCUUCUAUCGCUACGCCAUAUGUCUUAUAAACGAAGAGAACAAUGAUAUAAUUGUGCGCCGAUGGGAAACUCAUAUUCAUCCAAGAGUUAUCAAAGAAAAUAUUCUUGAACCUGUUAGUGAUGUGUUUGGUGAAUAUGAUGGCAAACACAGGGUCAGUAGAGGAUGGCUCACAAUACAAACUUUAGUUCAGCUUAAAUUUAUGAACAAUCCAUUGAAAUUGAAGAGCCGACUUAAUGGCAGGCUCAUGAACAUAAAAGUUACACCUGUGCAGUUAUCUUUUGGAAUGGAGCCUAAUGUCGAAGAUUCGUCUUUGAGUACAGACAUAACGGAUGUAGAAGUUCCAAUGGGUGUGUAUGUGGAGGUAGCGACUCUCGAUAAUGACCCUACCAUUUGCCAGUUGCAGCCUCAGGAACAGUUUGGUAGAGAGUAUAAACCAGAUGGAGUCCUCUUGGUCAAUGUAUUUGCUCCUAACCCAAAGGGCCUCGCAUACUUGAUAGACUUCUACUCAUAUAGCACUCGAGCUUCUAUAGAAGACCCUCCUUGCCACAUCGGGUACACCUAUGUCCUUCCUAAUAUGUUUAAACCUUCCGAAGGUUCUUUGGAAUUGCCUGUCACAUGUAAUGUAAAACACCGACCUCUGGGCACUGUUAAUUUUGAAUAUCUGAUAAUUUGCCCCAUGGAAGAUAGCCUCUGUAGCUUGGAUGUAUCUUAUGCAAAACAUUGGGAUCCAACUUGGACAGGACUGGAAGUUGGGCAUAGAGGCUUAGGUGCUAGUUUUAAAACAAAAGAGGGAAAUGCCAUUCGUGAAAACACAAUAGCUUCCCUUAAAAAAGCAGCUGCCAGCGGGGCAGACAUGCUGGAAUUUGAUGUGCAGCUCAGUAAAGACAUGAUACCUGUCAUAUAUCAUGACUUUCAUGUGUGUAUUUCAAUGAAAAGAAAAAAGGAGGUUGACUUCACUGAGAUGCUUGAAUUGCCAGUCAAAGACUUGACCUUGGAGCAUCUCCAGAAACUGAAGGUUUACCACCUAGUUGAGGGGCGCAACCAUGAAAUUUUGUUCUUUGAUGAGGAUUUAGAAGAGCACCAACCCUUCCCCACUCUAGAAGAAGCAUUGAAGACUUUAGAUGAACAUGUGGGCUUUAAUAUUGAACUGAAGUGGACAAUGGAGCUUAAAGAUGGUACAUUUGAGUUGAACAACCCUUUUGAUAUGAACACUUAUGUUGACAAGGUUCUGGAAGUUGUUUUGAAACAUGCAGGCCAGCGUCGGAUUGUCCUUUCCUGUUUCAAUCCAGACAUUUGCACCAUGGUCCGCAACAAACAAAACAAAUAUCCAGUCAUGUUUCUAACUGUGGGUGUUACAGAGAAAUAUCAGCCGUACCGCGACCCUCGCUGCUUGUCGGUGCCGGCGGCCGUACAGAACGCCAUCAGCUCCGAUAUUUUAGGCAUCGUGGCGCACACCGAGGACUUGCUUAGAGAUCCUACACAGGUGAAGCUAGCAAAGGACGCUGGUCUAGUCAUAUUCUGCUGGGGAGAUGACAACAAUGACAGGGACACAAUAAUGAAACUCAAGGAGAUGGGUUUGCAUGCUGUGAUAUACGACAAACUCGAUCAAUACAGCACUAAAGAAGUUAAGGAAAGCAUAUUCCUGAUGGAGGCGCGCGAGUCGCAGCGCGAGAUAAUGCGCCAGGCCGCGCUCGACGCGCUGCCGCUCAGCGACGCGUCGUCGUCCACGCACACCGCGGGCGACCCGGCCGCGCGCCCCUUCCUCGACCUGUCCGCGCGCCGCGCCGCGGGCGCGCCUUCCACCGUCACCUCGCUCGAGUCGCUCGCCUCCUCCAUCGACAUCCGCGACGACCCCGCCGACAGGAGCUUGAAGCGCAACCGAGACCUCAUUAUGAGCAUAGACAAAGAGUCUCAAGUGAAGGAACAGCGCGGCACGUUCAAGGGCCUGUUCCCAGCGGGCGACACGGCCAAGGGCUCUCCGAAGAAAUCGCGCGUAGACGACUUGUAAAGUUGUAACCCACGAAUUUAUUACGCUUAGAAAUACGAGUAAAUAGAACUAGGAUUUAGAUUAUUUUUCUCACUUUGCUCAAUUUCUUCACUCGACUUAGCUCAAUUAUCACCUUCUAGUAUUAUAUUAUAAUUUUUAUUCCUAUAAAGACAAAUUAUUAAAAUUGUCAUAUUAUUAUCUAACUUUUUUUAUUGAUGUGGUAUAGGUUUGAGUAUUAUAACUUUAUAAGAUAUCUGCCUUUAACCUUGUAUUGUAAUUUUCAUAUUUAAUAUAUUUAUAGAAAAAAAUAUUGUUGUAGAUAACUUAUGAUAAAAAGACAAAUAGACUGUUAGAAAAAAUAUCCUUUAAAAAUACUUACUUUUCACGAUAUGAAAGUUAACAGUUACCAAUGAACAAUAAACAAAGUAAUGUAUUUGUAUGUAAUUGAAUAUCAUGUCGUAUUGUAAUUAAAUACAUAAUAUAUGUAUAUCAAAUAAGUUUGUUAAUGUUUUUAUUCCAUUGGAACAUCGAUGUCAUUGGAACCUGUUUCAUCUUUUAUUCCAGUUUAGAUGUUAUACGAUCAAAAUCUACUAUCAUUUUACAGGAAUAUGUUCUCUAUAUUUUAUUUUAUAAUUGCCAAUAGAUGCCAACUUUGUAGUUUUGUUUAUAAGGAUUUGUAUUAAUUUAUAACUGUGAUAUUGGAUAAAUUUUGUACAAUAUUAUAUACAAUAGAUAAACAAUUAUUUUUCGUAUCUUCUACAAUUUC